AUGUAUAAGUUUCACCUCCUCCUCAGCUUCGCCCUCUUCCUCUUCCUAGCUCUCAGCGCAAGCGGCGCCGUUGCUGCGGCACACCAUAUCGACUGCCGGCAGGUUCAUCUUGGAGCGCGACAGACUCCGGGCCAGGAAGAGACCAGAACCAGAGGAGGCGAGAUGCCCAGGUCUGCCCGGCGGACUACAACAGAGUCAGUCACCUACCUUGACAUUACGGGUGCGAAAAGACCUCCAGUCGCACGAGCUAACAUUAGCCCCCAGUGUCCCUUCGACGGCGCAUCGUGUGUCCUGAUUGAGCCAAAAGGGGAUUCCAGCCGCAAGCCUGAGGUGCGUUGCGGCUAUCUGGGCAGUACACGUUCGUGA